AUCUUAGGUUACUGAAGUGUGGAGUUCGUAAAUUGAUUUUAAAAUAUUUCAAAAAUUCGUUUUACUAUAUAAUAAUUUACUUAAAUUUUUCGUUUCGUAAUUUUCACAAAUUCGUGAUAAGUGGGAAAAUACAGGCAAAAUAAGCACAUUUUGACAAAAUAUUUUAAAUCCAAAAAACAAACACAAUCAUAUAUCCACAAUACGUGCACAUAACAAAGUCCGCAGAAACAUAUACAGGGAAAAGCUUUGCAUGAAGUGAAAAUUGUUUAUGUAUUGCGUGUAUGUAUGUAUGUACACAUGCGUGUGUGUCUUUCAAUAUUGUGCUAGUGAAUCAUACACUCAGUACACGCUGCCCCGCUCAGUGCUUCCUUUGCUCAAUGAAAGAAUUAUUGCAGCUAAAAAAAACCACUGCGAUUCAUGUUAAGGGGAAGCACCAGAGUUGUUUAAAUACACUUCCGACAAUAAAUGUGAAAGAGAAGCGCAGCAUUUGGAAUUUAAUAGUUGAGCAGUUGAGUUAAAUACGCAGUUGAAAUAAUUUAUUUGAAAACAUUAACUAAAGAAUUGAAAUUAUAUUAAUAAUAUAUAUAUACGCUUAAAGCACGUUGAACGUUCAAGCAUUUCGUCAGAGACACAGUGAAUUUGUAAAACAUAAAUUUUAUUUUUAAUUGUUUUUGAAGUGUAAAUGUUAUAUAUGCAAACGAAAGCUGACGUAGAGAAACGUUAGAACUAGAACUUGAGAAACGUUCAAUUUAUGAACAAAUAUUAAACAUUUUUCAUACAAUUCUUUUUGAUAAAAUAAUUGUAUAAUUAUAAAAUUUAUACCACACAAAAAAUGAUACAAGAUUAUCUUAAUAUGGAUACACAGGAAAAGAUUCGUUACGUUAGCGAAUCAUCGAAUGCUAGCACAAGUGGAUACUCGACAAUGUCUCCUGGACCGAGCACAAUUCUGAGUGGUAAUUCACCGAAUUCAUCAGUAUUUUCGUCACCGGUACAAUCUCCAGCCACAGCACUACAGACAGAAUUCUCGAAUUUAAAUUUGCCAUCAACAAAUUAUAUGCCUUUGCAGGACAGUGUUUCCCAAUCAUACGCACUACUAAAUUACUCAAAUUUCGACCAUUUAACUUCUGUGAAUAUGUUGUCACACCAACCGCAACAUGCGCCGCUUCAGCCGCAACAACAUAUAGCGCUUACGAUGAUGCAAACGAAUACACCAGUUAUAUCCCCAGGUCGAAUGCCACAAAACAACUAUAUAGCUGAACUGAAAAUCAGAGAAGAACCUAUGGAAAAGUUUCGAUUUCGCUAUAAAUCUGAAAUGCAUGGUACACACGGUUCACUAAAUGGCGCAAACUCACAACGCUCACCUAAAACUUUUCCAGAAGUUGAACUUUGUAAUUUUAAUGGACCCGCUAUCAUACGCUGCAGUUUAUUUCAAACAAACUUGGAUAGUCCUCAUUCUCAUCAAUUGGUUGUACGCAAAGAUGAAACGGACGCAUGUGAUCCACAUGAUCUAAAAGUGUCGCCAGAUAUCGGUUUCAUAGCAGAAUUCCAGAAUAUGGGUAUUAUACAUACUGCGAAGAAAUUUAUUUUCGAUGAAUUGCUGAAGAAAAAAACAAAUAGAUUACUUUUUGAGUUGGGCACGAAUGAUUUGUCUACAAAACAAGCACAAGAACUACGAAAACAAACAGAAAAAGAGGCAAAGGAAAUGAACUUAAAUCAGGUACGGCUUUGCUAUGAAGCAUUUAAAAUUGAAGAAAAUAAAUCGUGGACACGUAUCGCUGCACCAAUCUACACAAAAUUUAUUAACAAUCGCAAAUCGGCACAAACCGGCGAAUUACGCAUAUGUCGCUUGAGCAUUGCAUCGGGCUCUGUUAAUGGUGGUGAAGAUAUCAUAUUGUUAGUAGAAAAGGUUAGCAAAAAAAAUAUAAAGGUACGCUUCUAUGAAGUUGAUGAGGACGAUGAAGUUAUUUGGGAAGACUAUGCAAAGUUUCGUGAAUCGGAUGUACAUCAUCAAUACGCAAUUACAUGUCAAAUUCCUCCUUAUAAAGAUAAGAACAUCGAGAAACCUGUAGAUGUUCUAAUUGAGCUGUUACGUCCAUCAGAUGAUGAGCGUAGCAGUCCACCAGUUACGUUUCGUUACAAACCACGUGAAGCUAUUACCUCACGAAAACGUAAACGUACAGGCACCAGCAGUUCUGGUAGUUCGCUUAGCUCAUUUGAAGUGCCAAAAACUGUACAAGAACAAACGGCCAAUUUAAUGCCUGGCAUAACAACCAAUAUGUACACUCCCAGCAUGACGCCAUUCACUCGAAAUGGAAAUCUCACAAUUAGUGAGGAAUAUAAUAAGGAAACCGAAAUACAAAAAAUUUUAGGUGAAGACCUCACAAAAUGUAUAGAUUUGAAUUCAGAAGAAUUGAAAAAAAUAUGCCCACGAAAUCUGUCUGAAAUGAUGAAUGAUUACGAUUUCAGUUUUGAUGAUUUGAACAAAUUACAAACUGAUGGUGGUGGAUCUUCACCCCCAAGCUCAAAUAACUCCUUCAUAAAUAGUAAACAGAAAUCCAAUAUUUACUCUGCACUGUUAGCAACAAACGUGCAAAAUAAUCCAUAUUUGCAACAAAUUUUCAAAAUUUUUGAUGAAGUACGUAAUCUUACUAAAAAUGAUAAGGUUUUGAAAGCACAUUGGGGUAAAAAAGUAGAAAAGAUUUUUACCGAGCACGCGGAAAGAAACGAAUUAGGUGACACACUUCUGCACGAAGUUAUUGUGAACGAUAAUCCCAAAGUUGCUUUUAAAACUUGUCACAUACUAAGUUAUUUUGAGCUUACAAAUCUCUUCAACAUCUGCAAUAUGAACAACGAGAGUCCGUUACAUUGUGCCUGCAUACUUAAUAAACCACAUUAUAUAAGACCGAUGCUUGCACUGGGUUGCAAUCCAAACACACAAGACAGAAACUCCAAUACAGCACUACACAUAGCAGCACAAGAAAACUAUGAUAAUUGUGUGGAGAGUUUUUUGAAUGUAAGUGGUGGGUCCAAGCCCCCUAGUGUUAGAAUACGUAAUGACAAUGGUGUCACAGCAUUACAUCUUGCAAUACGGGAAAAUAAUGUAAAUAUAGUUAAAAAACUACUAUUACUGGACAAGUUCGCUGCACUGGAACCCAAUUCUAAAGACGGUAACAACGCGUUGCACAUGGCCGUACUACAACAAAAUAUUACUAUGGUGAAGUUAAUAAUCAAAGAACUGAAUGUAAAUGAAAUAAUAGUGACGCGGAAUGCAGCCGGUCUUACAGCAAUCGAUUUGUCCCGGAACAUAGAUAGUGUUGUGGGUAAAGAUAUAUUUAUGUACUUAUCACAACUCUGCAAGGAAACAAAUAGUCCCGUUACUAUUAAAGAAGAAGAUAUUUCGUCGACAUCAUCUACCGAAGAAGACGAAGAAGAAACACGAAGCAGUAUAAGCAGUGUCAAGAUAAAGUAUGAAAGCAAUACUGAAGAAUGUGAGAACAAAUCAGAUGCAGAAGAAAAUUUGCAACUAGAAGACUUAGAGCGGUUUAAAGAAAUCCAGAAGCGUGAGAGGCAUGCACAAAUUUUGAAAGACAUAAUAGAAGAUAAAGUCAAUUAUGAACUUCUUUUGAAAAUUUUAAAUGAAUCCAACAAUUGGAAGGAACUGGCUCACAAAUCACAGAUUGGACAUUUAACAUUUUUGUGGCGCAGUGCAGCAGAUAUGUUGAACUAUGUGAAAACUAAGGAUGACGGAACACUCUAUCAACAAUUGGCAACUGCUUUAUAUCACUUCAAUAAAAAAACAACUGAAUUGUUCGAAACAAUACAACCAAUAUAAACGGUUUUUAAUUUGAAUGUUUAGAUAUUUUUAAGGACUCACUUUUCGUAAGUGUCGGUACGAUAAAAUCUGUACGAAUGGAAAUUAAGUAUGAAAUUGUAGGUGUGAAUCAAUAAGUAAAUAUUAAGGCUUAAGUAGAUAUUAAGAAAUAAAAAUUUAUUUAAUAAAUAGCACCCUACAUACAUAUAUGUAGGUUUAAGCAGUUUUUAGUGCCCUUCCACUUUAUAAUUAUUAAAAUAAUAUUGUAUUUGUAA